AAGUGCAAAAAGACGUUUCGUUUUUGUGUGGUGCUGGAGUAAAGGAAAAAAUGGCCAAUUUUAGCGCUCUAAAUAAAAUGAUAAAAUUACAAAAAUUGUUAAAUAAUAAAAAUAUAAACUUAUGCCAUGUUGCCUGUCGUAACCUAAUCACCUCGCCAAUUAUGGCCAGUAAUUGUCAAAAUUUCGAACAGCAAGUUUCCCAAACUAUUGAAACAACACAGUCUCAACAACAUUGUUGGAACCACAUCGAGAUUGGCGAUAGUUCAAAAUAUUCAAUUGGUCGCUGUUCACUAGCACUCUCCAACAAUAAUGCCAGGCAUCACAACAUCAACACUGCGAAUAGAAGAACAUUUUGCACAAAAACGACACAAACUAUUGACGAAUUCCGUGCCAGAGAAGAGAAACGUGAAGCUGAAUACGAACAACAAGAACAGGCUAAAAGUCAAGAGGAGGAAAACGAAAGAGAUGCUAAAGCUGAAGCUGUACGUGUAAAAAUCUUAGAGGCUGCGUUACAACAUGUUCCCACAUUGGGCUGGACCCGUAAUGCCAUUGUACAAGGUGCCGAAGAUGUUGGCUAUCCCAGCGUGGUACAUGGUAUGUUCCCACAGGGUGGUUUCGAUUUGGUAUCCUAUUUUAAUGGUAAAUGCAAUGAAGAAUUACUGAAGAUCCUCAAGAAAGAAACGGAUGAUGGCAAAAAGGAAAUUAACAAUCCGCUUGAGUUUUUGGUACGUUUUGUACGACUGCGUCUUGAGAUGAUGGCACCCUAUAAGGGUCAAUGGCCGCAGGCGUUGGCCUUAAUAGCAUUGCCACAAAAUGCCUCAACAGCUUUGGCUCAGGUUUUGACACUAGUCGAUGAUAUUUGCUAUUACUCGGGAGAUCGUUCAGUGGAUAUUGGUUGGUAUACCCGCCGCAUUGGUCUGGCAAGUAUAAUGAAAAUGACAGAAUUAUAUAUGCUGCAAGAUCACUCGCCGGAUCAUAGCAAAACAUGGGAAUUCUUGGCAAAUCGUAUGGACGAUGCUGUACAAUUACAAAUGACACUUAUGAAUAUUGGUGGGACAACAUCUGGUGUUCAGAGAUCUUUAAAAUCGGCUUUUAUAACAGCUCGCAGUAUAUUGGGCUUAAACUAUAAUAAAUCUUAAAAAUUCUCAACAUACAC